CUGUAAUAGCGAGUGAUCGUUCAAACCUUUGAACGUUGUACAAAACGGUAACCAAAAGUUUUAUUUGUAAAGGUAGGGUAACAAAAGUUUGAACUUGUGAAAUGGUCACUCCAUUUAAUGUUGUGACCGUUUUGUUCUAAAUACAAACGCUUUAUUACUAUAUGGUUACAAAUUAAAGGUGCGUAACUGUUUUAUACUCUAAUUAGCCGAUGGAAAUUGGAAGCCCUGCAAAGUGCAAACUACUGGUGUGCAUCCUAUUCUCUAGGUUGUGUUCUGGGUUCUGUUCCAUGUUCGCAUCUUUCACGCUGGGUUGGAUCAUCGGGGUUUGGCUGCUUACCAGAGCCUCUUGUUGUCGCUGUCUUUCAGUUCAGCAGAGUUCAAUAGCUUGCAAUGUCAAGGACGGCGAUCCUCAACAACUGCUAUCGGUUUCAUUGGCGCAGACAAGCCGGAGCCGGCCUUCCGGUGUCAAAUUUGGUCAGUUGGUGUCAUCUCUUGUUAGAAUGAAGGCCUUCCAGGCUGCCUUCUAUGCUUCUAAACGUAUGGAAUUAGCUGGAGUCCCACGCGAUCUUUACACGCUUGGCAUGAUGCUUCGUUGCUUCUGUAAAUUGGGUCGAGUGGAUUUUGGCUACUCAGUUUUGAGCAAAGCUCUGAAACUCGGUAUUCAAUUCGACGAUGUGAUGCUCAAUACAUUGAUCGACGGGCUCUGUAAAGUUGGAAAAGUAAUUGAGGCUGCAAGGCUGCUGGUUCAUAAGAUCAGGAUUUUGGGGUAUCAACCGGAUGUUAUCGCUUAUAGCAUAAUUAUAGAUGGAUUGUGUAAGGCAGGGCAAACGAGUGCUGGACUUGAAUUGCUCAAAAACAUGGAAGAGUUAGGUUGUCAACCUGAUGUGGUUAGUUAUAGCACGGUCAUUAGAAGCCUAUGUAAUGAUGGAAUGGUAUCUAGAGCUUUAGGUGUGUUUUCAGAGAUGGAGGAGAAAAAGAUUCAACCAAAUGUGUUUGCUUACAAUAGCUUGAUUGCUGGUUUAUGCAUGUCAAGCAGAAUCAAUGAAGCUAUGAAGUUGUUCGAUAAAAUGGUAGAGAGGAAGGUCAUGCCUGAUACAUUCACCUAUAACAUAUUGGUUGAUGCUUUUUGUAAGGAAGGAAAUGUUUUGGGAGCUAAAGUUAUACUCAAAAUGAUAAUUCGAAGAGGACUGCUUCCGGAUAUCGUCACUUACAAUUCAUUGGUGGAUGGGUAUUGUUUGCGCAAUGAAUUAGACAAAGCCAGAAAGCUAUUUGAUUUCAUUGACAAUAGGGGGUGCAAACCUAACGUUUACAGUUACAGUAUCAUGAUUCAUGGAUAUUGUAAUACUAAAAGGAUGGAUGAAGCAGAACAGUUACUGAAUAGUAUGCUUGAGAAGGAUUUGGUUCCGGGUACGGUCAUAUAUAAUACUAUGAUAUAUGGAUUUUGUCAAGUUGGGAGGGUUAAAGAUGCACUACAAAUUCUCAAGAAAAUGAGUGGUCCGGGUUGCUUACCUGAUAUUGUGACAUUCACAAGUUUGCUUGAUGACUUGUGCCGAGGAGGUAAAAUUGACGACACAUUAGCUUUGUUUCAAGUAUUAGAAAGUAGGAGGUUGAAUGUUUUCUAGGCUCUCUAGAAACAACUGUUUGCAACCUGAUACCCGCGCAUAUACCAUCGCAAUCAAUGGACUUUGCCAUCAUGGUUUUGUGGAUGAAGCAUAUGAUUUGUUCAGGAAAAUGGAGGCAAAUAGUUGUCUACCAGACAAUAGCUCUUAUAACGUGAUCAUUCAUGGAUUUCUUUCACCACAAGGAUCCACUUGAGGCAAUCGAUCUUAUUCAUGAGAUGGUUUCGAAAGGCUUCUCUGCCGAUUCAACCACGAUGACUUUGCUAAUAGAAUUGUUGCCCAAGAAUCAGUCGGAUCAUCCAAUUCUCCAGAAGCUGUUGAAUGGUCCUGAUAUCAAGAGUCAUGAAAGAGGGUCCAUUGGUCUAUGAGCUGGUGCAACUCAAGAAACUUGUUGAUAUUCUCAUCCACAGUCCAGUUGGAUGAUCCAGUAGUUCAUCAAAAGCUCCUGGUGUCAAGAAGAUUCUGAGGAUCGAAGUUGAUUGUAACUGUCUGAGUAAUGAUCCUUUCCAUCUCACUUACAUUUGUUCCAUACUUACUAAUGCAUCUCAGUGAAGGCAAUGAAUAUUGUUUCUUUUCUUUGCCAUGGAAGGAAGGCAGAGGUGGCUUUAUGAUUCUGUUUUCCAGAACCCAUGCUUGGCCUUGGAUGAUCACCCUCAACAGCUGCAGUAACAAAACUCUGGUAUGGGCGGGGUUUAAUUCGCCACAACUCGAAAAAGGGAAGUCUUGUCCACGAGAACAAAACACAAGUUUCAUCCAUUAACAGAUUACAUUCUCCCCAUUAAUGGAAAGCUUCUGUUCCUUUUCUUCUUUGUUUUCUACGUGCAGUAUGGUGACAGUUUCUUCAAGGGUUGGUAUUAUGUAUCAUUGAGCUCUGCAAUUACUCUAGCGCUGGCUGCUGCUCUUCUUGCUGUAUAAAUGAGCUUCCUUUUCCGUUUCUGUAUGAGAAUAGAUGAUGAUGAUCCAUGUUUGAUCCUUUACCGUGUUUCAAAGCGAUUUCUGAUUUACAGUUUAGGUGUAUGAAUGAGCUUAGCUCACCUGCUUAGUAACAUUAUUGCAAUGUAGCUCGAAAGCCGCGAAUGGAGUUCUAGGGUUCUGUUGUUGUUAGAAAUAUUCUAUGAUUUAUUAUUUAUGAAUUAUUACAAUAAAUGUAAUAACAAAUC